AUGGACUUUAACUUAGACAAUAUGAACUUUUCGGACAUCAUCCAAGUGGACAGCCUUAAUCCAACCCUUAUUCACAACAUCUUUGGCCUCAACCUUGACUGGGAUUGGAUCACUAGUAUUAGGUUUGAUGUUAAUACUCAUAAUCACUGGGUUUGGGGGCCUAUCUCCCUUCGUACCUCAGUCGCUGCUACUGUUUACGACUGCUUGGUUUCUUCUGAUCCUAGUCCUUGGCCGGGCUGGAAUUACAUUUGGAAGCUUUGUGUGUUGCCCCGUAUUAAGACUUUUAUUUGGAAGUUAGCUCAUGGCAAACUCCCUACUAGUGAUUAUCUUUAUAGUCUUAAUAUUGGUCCCCCUACACAAUGUCACUUCUGUGGCUUGGUUUCUGAGUCUGCCUCUCAUAUUAUUUGGAAUUGCUAUAAAAUUGUUCCUUGCUGGAAUUCUCUUUGCGCUUCUUUCAAUUUGGAUUUUAUUAUUCUUACUGGUUUUAGUACAAGCAACUGGCUCACUUCGAGAUUUACCUCUAAGAUUUCUGAUGCUUUCUUCAAAGCUCUUAUUGCCUCUAUUGCUUGGAUUAUUUGGAAAGAUCGUUGUAAUUUAAUCUUCAAAAACUGGCAACCCAAAUAUCACACCAUUUACUCGCGGGCUUGGAAUUACUGUCGGGACUUCUUCAAAUCAAUCGGUAAAGAUAUCAGGGAGUUUCCUUACCCUUCUCUCACUUCUUCCCCUUGGAGCUCUAUCAAUCUCUUUACUGAUGCCUCUUGGUCUGAUUCUUCUGUGAGUUGUGGCUUAGGCUUUAUUGCUAUUACCAAUACUGGCCAAAUUUUACUUGCAGGUUCUAUGAAAUCAAACACUGAUUUGCCAAUCUCUGCGGAGAUUGAUGCCAUACACUUUGCCCUAGACCAAUGCAUCUCCAAAAACUGGUCCUAUAACCGAAUUCUUUGUGAUUGUCCAGGAAUUUCUGGCUUAUUAAAGCACUUCGACAGCUGCGUGGCGUAG